GAAGUGUUUCCGACACUAUUCCUAAACAAUUUCCACAUGUUUAUUAGUUUAUAAAAACUAACUCGUCAUGCAGCCAUUAUCCGUGCUCGAACUGCUAUAAAGUGAACACUGCGCAAGACCGGUAUUCUGAAACCGAAAGUUCGAUUAGGGGAGAAGUAAUUUAUAAACAGGGAAAUUUCUUUGAAGUCCCAAACGCAAAAAGAUAAGUUACACAUAAUUGUUUUAUGUAUUAUUAGCGUGAAAUCCAAUGCGCAAUCAAUAAAAUAACAUCUUUUCUUAUUAUUUGCUUUUGAAAUAAUAUAUAAGAUGUAUGUUAUCCCACCUCAAUUUACGCGAUUCACAUGUAAUUUGUAAUGUUGCUUAUAAGUUAUAUGAUAUCUGUCAUGUUUUGCACAGUGCAUUCAUUGCCGUCUUGACUAUGCAUUUCAUUUUAGAUGAAUGCUGUUACUUACAACGUGAGCUUUGAUUAAGCUAUGUUUACUAAUUCUAUAUUAUUUUUACGAUCUCGAAGCAUACUUUUUAAAACUAUAUACUGGCCUUGGAUCAGUCCUUCACCUAUACAUGUAUAGUCGCAUGUAGGAGAAGGGGAUCAGACUGAUCUUAUACCACAUGGUUACAUGUACAGUUAGUUUUUGUUUGUAUUUAGGUUGUAUAGGUUCACUCCAGCACGUUAUUUUAUGAGUAAUAGUUGUGUUACAAUGCACUGGUGAGAAAUUGUUAUUAGCCUAUGCCAGUAUAUUUAUAAUGACUUUUAUCUGGACAUCAUAUACCCGAUUUAUAAAUUUUUUGCAGGUUUCUCAUCUUUUGAACAUGGAAGACCAACUUGUGGAGAAUAUGGAGAUAGAUGAAGAUACAUGUAAUUAUAGCUCAGAGGAGGAUGAUGAAGUCAAUGAAUUGAUAAGAGAGAUAUUUGGUGAUGAAGAAUCAUUGGAAGAGGAGCAUGAGGAGGAGUAUGAAGAUGGAAAUGAAAUGUGGAAUGAGACAAGAGAAAACUAUGAAGAUGAAUACUCUCUUCUGAGAGAGAGGAGAUUUGUUGUCGGUGAGGGUGCUCUCUUGAGUCUCAUCAAGAGGACAACAUGCGAGCAGUGUGGGGAGUCCAUAGACCCGUCAACAGUUGUUGAAGGAGAAAAGAUACCAGCAGGAGUGAAGUACAAAUUCCUUUGCUGUAAUGGCCAUCCAGGAAAAUGGAUUUCCACACCAUUUUAUGGAGGCAGAAGCUUCAUUAGUAUUUUACUCCAACUCAUGGUGCUUCUUACAGGUGCUUCUUGGGAAAAAUUUGCCUUAGGUGCAAAAUUUAUAAACCUUGUUGUUGGAUCUUCCCGCCAAUUUUACAAGAUGCAACUUCAGUAUAGGACUGCAAUAGAGGAGAAGUUCCAUAAGCACAUUUCAGAGGUGUACAAGAAGUUGGGAGGUUUACCACUUAGUGUGGCUGUAGAUGUACGAUUUGACUCACCUGAUGUUUCCAUUAUUAUGCUUUCAGGAUUUUGUGCAAGUAGAUCAACUGCAGUAUUUAUGGAUUCUAACACCAAGGCCAUAAUACACAUGGAAGUAGGCGAUUCCAGGGAAGUUGACAGGCACAGUUCCAAGAUGGAAAGGCUUCUCAUUGACAGAGGACUACAACAUCUACUCACUGCCUCUCCUCUUGUUAUAUGGGAAAUCAUAUCUGAUGCUAGCAGAAACAUAAUUUCUUUGAUGAAAUCAGACCCUUACAAGCACCUGCAGCACAGCUUGGACAUUUGGCAUAAGGCCAAAAAGCUCACAACAUCUCUUUCUGAUAUUGCCAAGACACCAGGAUGCAGAGGACUGUUGCAAUGGAUACGGCCUAUUGUGAAUCAUUUUUGGUGGUGCUGCAGUACUUGUAAAGGCAGUGUCGAGCGUCUGUUGAAGAGGUGGAUGGGAAUCCUGUACCAUAUCAACAAUAAACAUGUGUGGGCAGGUGGACGUUGUCGACAUUCUGAGGAACACGAGACCGAAUGCAGCAAUUGGCUCCAGAGAGACACGGUGGUUUUCAAGAAUCUACGGAUGUUGGUAACAAACAGAGAUUGGUGUGGAAGCAUGAAAUUUUACACCAACUGUCGACAAACCUGGGCUGUGGAAAACGUUUUUAGCCAUACACUCCUUCAUUACUGUCCAAAACAGAAAUCCUAUGGUUAUGACGCCUAUCAUAUUAGGAACAUGCUGGCUGUCAUGGACCACAACAACCACCUUGGAAGGAUGCCAUUGGUUGGACAGGAUGGAGAAGUGUAUGCUAAAGGCCAGGUAUCCAGGAGGACCAAACAGUGGGUUGCAUAUGAGGAGAAAGCACCAAAAGAUUUUAAAUAUAUUCCAGAACUGAUGGCUGCUUGCAUGAGAGCAACAUAUGGUGUUUCUGAAACCAAGUUCAGAAAGAGUAGAAAAUCCAUGUCUUUGGAUUCAAUUGCCAAGAAUCUUUCUGGGGAAACAAAUCCGGGAUCACGAAUCCUUUUAGCCAAGAUGCAGAGCAGAAAAAAGACAGGGCCAGCCGCCAAAGAAAGCUGUUGAUUGCGGCUUACUCCUUCAUUCUGGAUCACAUUACGACUGCUGUUUGACGCAUAUGGAUGGUGUCGAUGCUACAAAAUACAACAAAAUAUUAUUCCCUCUCUAUCUAGGAGGACCUCAUCGUGGUGGGAGGGUGAACAUCAGCAAUUGGUGGCCAACACUCCUAAAAUUUACAUAUAUACAUGUACUUACUGUGCUCACAGGCCUAGUUUGGGUUGACUUGUACUGGCAGUUUGUGUUGUUACAAUUACUGCACGGUCUCCGCUUGCAUGCACAACUUUUGCACUUCCCUCUGUUAUCACAAGGACAGCAUCUCUACAAAAAAGAUUUGUAUAUUGAAUGUUUCAGGAUUUUUUUUAUUUUGAGUGAUAUUUAUAUAUCUUUCAUACUGGUGUGUAAUAAAACAAUACUUCUGUAUAUGCAUAUAUUGGGCCUUUGCCAAUUAUUGUAAUUGUGUUUGUCUCAAUGAAAUAUAUGUAUUUAUAUUUGU